AUGUCUGAUCGAUACGCGUCACAAACAAUUUUUGAAGCAUCGAGCAGAAGUGCUGCUCGAAUAGAGAUCUCUUUGGAUGAGCUCGAGCAAAGGGUUUGUGAGGAGUCGGUCGCAGAAUACCGAAAUGAUAUCUUGCAACACCUGGCCGGGCUGGCUGCUCAGAAUGGCAUCGAUCCUGCCAUGAUUGAACAACAACCUGAGUUGGAAUGGUAUAUGCGGCCCUUUCUGAUUGAUUUCUUGAUCGAACUACACUGCUAUUUCCGCCUGCAGCCUGAAACGCUGUUUUUGGCAUGCUCGAUUGCCGAUCGGUAUAUCUCCACCCGUAUUGUGUACAAGCGGCACUACCAAUUGGUUGUAACGACAUCUUUAUGGAUAGCUGCCAAAUAUGAGGACAAGAAAUCAAGAGUUCCAACUGCCAAAGAGCUUGUUACGCUGUGUCGUAAUGUUUAUGAUGCUCAGAUGUUCAUACAAAUGGAAAAACACAUUCUUAGCACAUUGAAGUGGAAUAUUGGUUCGAUUGUUACUACACACGAUUGUUUGAAACUUCUGCUUGCUGGGGAUUUUUUAGACACUGAGCAAUCGCAAUCAUCGACAAAAGUUCUUUCUUCUUUCCUGGCAGAAUUGUCACUAUAUGAGAAAAACUUCAUGUAUUUCUCAUCACCCGUUAAAGCCAUAGCGUCAUUGCUUGUUGCUUCGCGGAUAUUAAAAGAUACUCAUUGGCCUUGUAUUAUCGCAGAGAGGAUUCGGGCGGGCCGGCAAUUCUCUUUGAAUGAUAUGCCUCUGGAUGGUCUAGAUAUUCAAGCACUUUUAGAGCAAACAGAGGCUCCAUUUUGUCAUUAUUCACCAGGCAACGAGCUUCCCUUAUUAAAUUUGGAUGAACAAACCCUAGAAGAGAUUAGAAAAUGCUGUUUGCUGUACCUUAAUGAUAUUUUUAAGUCAAAAACUCUGCGUAAAAACCUUCCUGAAGCCUUGAUGAGCAAAUAUAAAGGACAUAUGUUUGAUGAAGUCUUCCAUCUAUUUACCAAGGAGAAUAUGGAUCUAUACGUCAAUUUAUGCAGACUGACACAGCUUGUGAACUCAGUUGCGGAUCAAACAGUGCAUGAUCGGAUAAGCAAGUUAACUGAUUUGCUCAUAGGCACCAGUUUUGAUGGAAACUCAGACGUAGUGAGCGAACAGGAUUCAUCGGAUUCGGCAUUAGGUUCUAUGUAUCAAUCCGACUGGCUAACCUUUUCGGGAGGAGGUGGGGGGACAUUCAAUGGAAACAAGAGCAGCAGUGUAUCACCUGCAUCAGUUAUGAAUCCUAACACGCUGUUGAGUCAAACAUCGUCUCAGUUUUCAGAGACAAACUCCUAUUCUCCACGGACUCCGGGAUCAAUUUUUAGCAGCAGCCUUUCCAUGGUUUCCGUUUCAACUAAUAGCUCACCUAUGAUAGGUUAUCACAAACAACCCCCCACUAGGCUCAACUCAUUCAGCUCAACGCAUCAAUCUCUCUCACAGCCCCGAAUCGUAACCCGAUUCAACAGCAUUGAAAGCGACUAUAUGGAAUGA